AUGGCUACCAUUCUAUACGACGCUAUUCUUUCCUCAGGUAUGUUCAAGUGCCUGAUAGGACCCGACAAAUCCGAGUUCAUCAUCCACAGCGCCCUCCUCGCCUCCCAGUCCAAGGUCCUCGAUCGGUUAGUUAAUGGCCAAAUGAAGGAGGCCUUCGAGGGCAAGGUCCAUUGGACCGAGGUCGAUACCGAGACGUUCAUUCGAUUCAGCCAAUUCGCAUACACUGGAGACUACUACGAAGCCAAGUUCCAGCCGCGGCAGGGAUCCGAGUGUUCGGCCACGGCCAGCCAAACCUCAGCCUCUCCAUCGUCUCAACACUCCAAAACCGUGCCGUACACGAAUGAGGAGCCAAAUACUGUCCCCCCGAUUUACGCGCGCUCCGUGUUACAGGCAAGCUCGGCGGCCAGGGCUCCAGCUCCAAGAUCGUGGUCUGGGAGAAAGAGGGUGGAGGAAACUGCCCUGAAAGAGAAGAAGAAUCUCCUCUGGGCCAAGUUCAAGUCCCUACAUGCGGACACGGGUCUGGAAGGACCGAUUCCAACGAAUUCAUCUAGUGAUGAUACAACGGAGAUGUUGCUGAGCCACGCUCGGGUGUAUGUCUUCGCCGAGUGCUAUGACAUAGCGCCUCUGAGGCUGCUGUCCCUGCGAAAGCUACGACAGACAUUGGAACAUUUUCAGAUGUAUGAUGAGGCUGUAUAUGAUGUGAUCCAGCUGAUCAACUACUGUUAUGAGAACACUAUAGCCCGUACUGAUGGGGCGGAGGACCUGAGAUCGCUGUUAUGCAUGUUUGCGGCUUGUAAUAUGGAGAAGCUCUGGGGCAACAAGGAGUUUCAAGAAUUGGUUCAGACUUGUGGGGAGUUCUCCCAAGGACUCAUUACCCAGCUGCUGCAUCGUUUGGAUUGA